UUUUUUUCGCUUUUUUUUCUCAUUUGGGCGGCUCAUCGAGAUAUUUAUUGGUAUCGAUUAUUUGCAUAACAAACUCGUUUAAUCGAAGAACAAAUGACGUCUUAGAAAGCUUCGGUAAAUUCCUUUACGAAAACUUCCUUAUAAGGCAAUAGCCGGUUUUGACGGAGUAAGAAGUUUGAUGAGGGUAGGGAAAUGGGCCAAUCAAAAAGUUUGAUAUCAUUCCAAACCUAUCCCAGCUUUGUUGUGGUUUACGAUGAAUGAAGUAGGCUGAGAAAGCAUGCGACCAUUUGUAGGAAACACGUUGUCUCGUGAACUAGCGCACAGUUUCCUUACAAAGAUGCCAAAAGUUGUUCCCGAUCAAAGAGAUAAAUUCGAACACGAUGAUUUGUUUCGGAAACUUAGUCACGAAAGCGAGAUAAAAUAUACAGGAUUCCGUGAUAAACCCGAAGAAGAACGACAGCUUCGAUUUCAAACAGAAUGUCGUGAAGGACAUGCUGAUAUAGCUUUCGUCGCAACAGGAACUACGUUUUCACUAAGCUUUGCUGCCAAAUCAUGGUCAGAUAAACCAGAAGACAGAAUAGCAACAACAGAAUUUGUUAACUUCGAAAGGGAAUCUGGAAAGGUUCAUUUGAAGUCUCAGUUUAUAAUGAAUGGAGUUUGUGUUAUUUGGCGUGGAUGGAUAGAUUUGCAUCGUUUGGAUGGAAUUGGUUGUCUAGAAUUUGAUACUGAAAGAGCUGAGGUUGAAGAUGCUGUAUUAAGAGAACAGACCGAUCAAUAUAACAGAAGAAUACGUGGUUUUGAAGAAAGACAGAGACAAUUUAGAGAACAAGAAGUAAGAAGAACUGAAGCUGAGGUACACAGUCACAGUUCUGAUGCUAGUCCCAGUGAGACGAGUGGUAGUGAAUGAAAUCAACUUAUUCAGAAUAUAUUCUGUACAUAUUGUAACAUAAUAUCCUCGUGUGAGAGGUUUAAUUUAUUGGUUGUCUUCAAAAUUGGUUGUUUCUAAACUGAACACCACAGUUCAAGUUUACUAUUAUUGCUCUCAAUAGUAAACUUACUGUUCUCUGUUAUUGGUUUCAAUAAUAAGCAUUGUCCAUUGUUAUUUGUUUUCAUUAAACUCUAUUCACUACAAUUCCUAUCCCACCUACUAAAUAGCAAAUUCAUAAAAACAUACAUUAUUUUUGCUAUAUAAAACCUCUUAGCAUAAAUAACACUUAUUUUCAUAUGGUUUCUCUUAAUAUACUCUUUUAAUAUUCUUCCUCUUAAAGUUUUAUGAAACUUUCAAAAUAAUCACACACUCCAAAUAUAAUACAAUUUCUCUUUCCAAAAUAACUGUGAAACCUCUCUAACUGUCAAUCUAUCUCAUAACUGCAAUUUGCUGGUUUUUUUAUUAUUAUUUAUUUUUGUUUCUUUGACUGAGUGCCUUGCUGUUGAUUCUGUUAGUCUUAUUAACACUGUAUUUAGAAUAAUAUUGGUAUUUAUUUGAGGUAUAAUUUAUUAUGUCAAAAUAAUAAUUUCCAUAUUGCUAUUCAUAUUUAACUAACAAUUGAGGGUCAUGAUGGCCCAGGUAUUUGAACACCAAUUGGGUUAUUGUUUUACUGAAACUAAAUCAGAACCACAAUAUUCUGAAAUUAAAUCCUGCAGGAAUGGACUUUGCCUUCCAUCUCUGUUGGGAGUCAUUAAAAUACCAGUUAUAAGCUGAGGUUGAUUAAUUUGAUUAUACUCAACUCUUGCAAAUUUGGCUUCCUUCCUAACCACAAGAAAUCAAUAUUUCAUGAACAAUAAUCCAAGCUUUCAUUUAUUUUUAUAUGUGUGCUUCAAAAAUGAUUUUUUUAAUACCGAAAUUUUAGCUUAACUCAUUCUGUCUUGUUUGGUUUUAGUUGUGUCUCUUGUGAACUGCAAUAAUCUUUUAUAAAUAUGUCAUUUAAAUUAGUUUCUAAAACCAAUUUCUUUUGCUCUAAUCUUGUAAAAUGACUACAAAAUUUCCAUCUUUCACUAAUGACUUAUUCUAACUAACAUAUAAUAAGAUAACAGAAUGAAAUCAAUAAUUGUUAUGCAAUUACAAAGACUUAUAUCUAUAUUUCUAUAUUUCUAAGGUAUAUUUAUUUUCACAUGAAUGUUUGAAAGCUAUGACAAAAAAUAAUUUCUAAUUAAAGGUCAUUUUAUUUAAUGAUGCUUGCUAUAAUUACAUCACUAAUCAAUUAUUUUUCUUAUAUCCUGUAUACAAAGAGCACCACCCCUCCCACAUAAAUAAAUGCAUUAUUUAAACUUCAGUUUUAUAUUGACAUAUCAAUUUUCAUUAUUGGUUUAUAGAUUUGUGUAAUAUUUCAUCACACACACACACAAUUUUUUUUUCCUAGCAAAAUAUUAAUAGUUGUAUCUUCAUGAUGUGAGUAGUUCACGAUAUCAUAUAUUUUCCACAUUUUUGUUGAGUCAAAUUGUUUAUUCUACAAAUACACACAUUAUUGAAUUCGCUCCUUUAUUAUUAUUCUUUUAUUUUAAUAUUUCUUUACAAAUACUCUGUUCAAUUUAACUCUAGAUACAGUUAAAUUGAGUAUUGGUGAUCAGGUCAGAAACGUAUGGUGAAAGUUAUUAAUUCUAUUAACUAAAUAAAGUAAUAAAUAAAUCAUUGAAAUAAAUAAUUAAAUUCAGUAAGGUGUCUAUAUGAUUUUACUAAAGCACAACUUAUAUCUAUUUAAAUUGAUGAUUUUUAUAUAAAAUUCUUUUGCACUGUUUGAAUAUUUUGAAAUUACAAAGAAUGAGAACAUUUUUUUUAUAAUUUUUUUUUUUUGUAAAUUUUUUUCUGUAAUUGGCAUUAAACAAAAAGAAUUAUAUUAACUUAAAAGAAAUCAUUUUGUCCAUUUAUAUAGAUUUGACAUUGUACUGGUUUCUUUUCUGAAUAUUCCUACUAGUGCAAUAGAUCAAAAGAAAGCAUUUUCUCUCUGACUAAUAAUAAUAAUAAUAAUAAUAAUGUUUUGUUAAUUGUGUCAUUUUCUUUAAUCACUUUUCACGGAUCUGUGCUUUAUUAUCCUGUUAAAUAUUUCCCCAAACAUUUUUAUUUUUUUAUUAUUUAUAUGUAUCUGAUAUUUUUAAAAUUUUAAAAUAAAAUCUUAAAAUUA